AUGAAUUCAUUGAUGAUAGUGGGUUGUACCCUUCUAGUGUAUUCACCCACAAAGCAAUUCUUUUUCCUCCACCUCCCCUACAUCUUGUCCUGCCUUUCUAGUCCCAAGUGUGUUUUUCUCUUGGUCAAUGUCAUUGUGGUGUUCUUGGUGGGAGAAUCAAGGCUCAGUGGCUACAACAAUUCGCGGAGAUCUUCUUCAACGAGUGAUUUCUACGACGAGUACAUCCGCAGAGCUAGAGCUCAAAGGAAAUCAAUCACAUCAUCCUCGAGUGAGAUAGCAUCGAUCGAGAGCGAGACAAGCGAACAAGAAGAACAACAAGUACUGGUGAAUGAAGAUGCCAAGAAUGGAGAUGAAGUGGAGGAGCAAGUCGAAGAGAAAAUAGAGGCAGCAGUUGAAGAAGUUGAAGCAAAGGGAGGAGGGGAUGAGCUGAAUAGAAGGAUAGAGGACUUCAUUGCAAGAGUUAACAGGCGAAGGCAACUUGAGAUCCAAUCACUUGUUUCUUGUAAAGCUUGAAAUAAGUUUGUUGCCAAAGGUAUGCCUUUGUAAAGUAGUGGGGAGAGAGCAUUACAGGGCUGAUUGCUGCAAGUCCCUUGUGGAGACUAUUGCUUCUUCUUUUUUUCUUCCUAAGAAAGCAGCCUGGAUGCAUGUGGUUGUUCUAAACACCAAACUCUCUUAGAUUUUUACCAAAUAUUACUAUUUAGUUUAUGGAAAAUGUCAAAAUAAAUUUGGAUAAAAAAAAUUCAAUUUGCUUGA